UGUUCUUUAAGGUAAAAAUAUAAAAAGCUAAACCUUCGGAGGCACUCAAACGAUCACGUAGUCUACGGUUAGCAUACUCCCUUAAUUUUGAUUUUGCCAGAGUCCUCAAUUUGAUUCCUCACAGCUCGUGAGAUGCCGAUUAGGGCACUAGAUGGCAGUAGCUGAUUCCAUGACAUUUAGGUCAAUUAAACAUGUCAUGUCAUUGGUCAACCAGGUUAUUAGCUGGAGCCAGUUUAUUUUCACAUUCAUUGGGCCCUCAUUUUGAGCCAAUAAUGAUUGCGGUUCAUUGUGGUGCAGGACGUUAUAACGAUUCCAAGCAAAAAGAAUAUGGAGCGUUAUGUAGAAAGGCUUGUAGAAAAGCGAUGACAGUGCUAAAUAAUAAUGGGACAGCCUUAGAAGCUGUUCGAGAAGCCAUAACAGUUUUAGAAGAUGAUCCGCUGACGAACGCUGGAUUCGGAUCAAAUUUGACUUUAGACGGCACUGUAGAAGGAGACGCUUCGGUAAUGAACGGCGAAAAUUUAUUAUUUGCCGCUUGUGGAGCUGUGAGGAGAAUAAAAAAUCCCAUUUGCCUGGCCUACGAUAUUUACCAAAGACAACUAGAACCGACUCCAUUAGGUCUGGUACAACCAAGCGUAAUGGUAGGGGAUGGAGCAUACAAGUAUGCGAAAAAGGCAGGAAUUAAGAUUGUGAAUGAAUCAAAGCUAGUCAGUCGUAAAGCGUUGAAACAAAGGGAAAAAUACAAAGCCAUGCUUGACGGAGUUAUUUCGGCUCAAGAGAAAGUUGACCAAAACCGAAUUGAUGAAGUCGAGAUUGAAUUCAGUGAGUCUAUGGAUACGGUUGGAGCUGUGUGUAUUGAUGACAUCGGAAAUGUGGCAGCCGGGUGCAGUUCAGGGGGACUACUGUUGAAGCGGCCGGGAAGAAUGGGACAAGCUGCUCAGUACGGUUCAGGCGUUUGGGCGGAUAGUUUGGACAAAACGCGCCGACCGAGCAUAGCGGUUUGCACGACAGGUUGCGGUGAACACUUGGUACAAACACUUCUGGCGAAAACAAUCGCCGAAGAUUUAUUAGUCGAGAAAAACUGUCCAACCGUUGAUCUACACCACUGUUUAAAUGAGAAGUUUAUGAAUUCCAGGUAUUUAAGACGCAUUGAAACAGCUAAACUUGGUGGGGCGCUGGUAUUGAAGGCGGACAAUGCUAGUGGUGAGGUUUCCUUAAUGUGGGGUCACAGCACAUAUUGCUUAGGGGUUGGUUACAUGAGGAAAGGAGAUGUGCGACCUCAUAUUGAUAAAUAGUGCUCUUAUUUUGCAAUAAGAACGAAUUAUUCAUCAAGAACUAUCACCUAGAGGGUAUCCUGCGAGACACUUAGGCUUAAGCUGUAAGAGAAAACUCGACUUUGACUUAAUCUCAUUGUUUAAACUAGCGUAAUCUGUGAAUCCAUGUUUAAAUUUUUUUAGAGUGAAUUUUUAAUAACUUCUUUCAUUUAAAAGAUCAUUAAUGUUUUGCUCAUAGAUAUUAUAAUCCAUGUUAACGGUCGCAUUACCUUUAUCAGCAGGAAGAAUUUUAAUCGUUUUAUCUUUUUGUAAAAACAUUGAUGCUUUUAUGUUUUUUUUUAGUUUAUGUAUGUUUAAGUACUUUUCAGUUACCGCGUGCAAACACCAAACUUUAAAUUAAAGUAAUAAAAACUGAAUGAAACAUUUUACAUUGAUUUUGUACAAAUGGUAUUACGUAGUAGACAUUUCCGGGUAUGGGUUCUUCUAAGCAACUGUCUUCUCUUGACCACCCUGUACAACUUAUAGUCAAUAUAAAGUCGAAUCAUAUAUAUAUUUUAUCAGUUUUAUAAUCCAAUUUACCGAACCUACAAGACAACGUUGGAUGAUAUGAUUAGAAAAUACCACAAUUUUUUUACUUUUAUAUCAAAUAUGUUUUUUAUUCGUUUAAUUCGUCAGAGCAAUGUAUAAUUUAUUUUUGUAUUAUUCCUGUGUACAACUUUUGUUUUUAACGAAUAUAUGGCCAUCAUUGAAAGCUUUUGAAAA